AUGGAGAUCUGUCGUUAUGGAUUAUUGAUUAUUGUGUUUCUGCUGCUGAUUGAUCGAUCACACUCGGUCUACAUCACUGACGGCACAGGUGAGACGACCAACCUUACCUACUGCUGCUGUGUGUGUGUGUGUGUGUGUGUUAGCAGACACUGACGCUCUGAUAAAACUGUUCGGACUGUGAGAUCAGGAGUACUGAUGUUUCUCUGUGUACUACUGCGAUAUUACUACAGUUACUGCAGUACCAUCACGUGUACUCUACUUUCAGUCCUGUUAGGGUUCCUGCAGAUACUUCAUCUGCUCAGACCAGAUCUACUGUUAAUGCUUCUUCUACUACUGCAGAUGUUUAACAUACGACCUCUUUAACCACGGCUGCAGCAGCGACAGUGAGAUAACCAUCAGGAGAGGUCGGUGAGAGCGCCGUGAAAAGACUAUAAAUCAUAAAGUUCUUACAUCUAAACUGUGUAGUUUGAACUUUUCUUUGGGUGAACUCAGACAGAUGAGCUCCAUCCAACAUCCAGGAGGUGAUUUUUACGUCUUUGAGAGAGGAGGUCUUUGUUCAUCGCAGUCUUGGUGUCCCACAAGGUUCAAUGUUAGGACCUCCUUUCUUUAGCGUGUUCAUGAUCUGUCACGUCUCUGCCGUAAAGUCGGCCUCAAAUAUACGCUGAUGACGCUGUCGUUAGGAAACAUGACAAAGACCGUAUACAAGGACAGUAAAGGUGGAGUCCCACAAGGCUCUGUUUUGGGGUCAACAGUUUUUCAUUUGUAGAUCAGUGAUGAUGCGAAUCAGCAUCUCCAAGUCCGAGGUCAUGGUCCUCAGUCAGAGAAAGGUAGAUUACCUUCUCCAGGUCAGAGGGGCAGUCCUGCCUCAGGCGGAGGAGUUCAAGUAUCUCAGGAUCUUGUUCAGGAGUGAGGGCAGGAUGGAGCAGGAGAUCGACAGGUGGAUCAGAGCGGCGUCAGCAGUGAUGCGGACGUUUAACCGAUCAGUGGUGGUGAAGAAAGAGCUGAGCCGUAAGGAGAGACUCUGGAUUUACCGGUCGAUCUACGUGCCGAUCCUCACCUAUGGUCAUGAACUUUGGGUAAUGACCGAAAGAACAAGAUCGCAGAUACAAGCGGCUGAAAUGGGUUUCCUCCUCAGGGUGUCCGGGCUCAGCCUUAGAGAUAGGGUAAGGAGCUCGGACACUCGGGAGGAGCUCAGAGGAGAACCGCUGCUCCUCCACGUCCAGAGGAGUCAGCUGAGGUGUUAGGACGCCUUCUGGACGCCUCCCGUUAGAGGUGUUCCAGACAUGUCCCACCAGGAGGAGACCUCGUGGCCGGCCCAGGACCAGGUGGAGGGAUUAGAUCUCUGGCCUGGACUGGGAGCGCCUGGGAAUCCCACCAAAGGAGGAGCUGGUGGAGGUGUCUGGGGUGAGGGCCGUCCGGGCUUCCCUCAUGAAGCUGCUGCCCCCACGACCCGGACCAGGAUGAAGCGGAAGAAAACGACAACGACAAUGACGAUCAGUGAUGGAUGUGUGGUCUCCAAAGUUUUGCAGUUUGUGUUCUAUGCAGAUGAGACUCGUUUGUUCCAGAGAGGAUUUAAGAACCUCAGGAGAAACUGUUUAAAAAGUUAAACAGGGUUUGAUGAAAAUAAGACGUACUUAACUUUGAGUAAAACUAAGUUUAGGGAGGAGUGUCCCAGUUUAGAUUUUCAGAUGUGAUCAUGAGGAUAAAUGAAAAGAUCAGGUUUCCGAGUAAAAACUCCAACAGACUGUUUAUGAAGCAGGAUCACUGAAGGCCUUGGAUGAACUGCAGACAUUUAUUGUUAUGUUCAAGAGCGUAAAGAGCAUUUCCAGAAAGAAGAGUUUGUUUUUAGUUCAGAAAUGAGGAGCAGGAGGGAAUUUAACGUUCAGCACCAGAGUGAACAGAUGAGCUUAAAGCAGAUGUGUGUUUCUGUGAGUCUGAGGAAGGACAGUCAGACCUCAUGAUAACGGGCAGAUCGUCUUUCUUCUUCAGACGCCGAAGUUUCACCAAAGAUGUUGAAUUUGCUUCUUGUUUUUCUUUGUCAGUGUAAUCUCGUGUGUCUCAUGAUUGGACGGACCGUCUGUGUCUAUGGUUACAGGCUGAAAUAAGAUCCUUCCUGAGGUCACUGUUGGACAUUUGGUGGGAUGGAUAAAUGGACUAAGACCACGAGUCUGAGGGGGGUCUGAGUCAAUAAGGGAGCUGAUGCAGCAACUGAGAUUUCUUAACAGUCUAUAACAGUCUGAGUCUACAACAGUCUACAUCUAUAACAGUCUAUAUCAGUCUACAUCUAUAACAGUCUAUAACAGUCUGAGUCUAUAACAGUCUACAUCUAUAACAGUCUAUAUCAGUCUACAUCUAUAACAGUCUAUAACAGUCUGAGUCUAUAACAGUCUACAUCUAUAACAGUCUAUAACAGUCUGAGUCUAUAACAGUCUAUAACAGUCUAUGGUAGUCUAUAACAGUCUAUAACAGUCUGAGUCUAUAACAGUCUAUGGUAGUCUAUGGCAGUCUAUAACAUUCUGAGUCUGUAACAGUCUACAUCUAUGACAGUCUAUAACCGUCUACAUCUAUGACAGUCUAUAACAGUCUACAUCUGACAGUCUAUAACAGUCUAAGUCUAUAACAGUCUGUAACAGUCUGAGUCUAUAACAGUCUAUAACAGUCUAUGGUAGUCUAUAACAGUCUAUAACAGUCUGAGUCUAUGGUAGUCUAUGGCAGUCUAUAACAGUCUGAGUCUGUAACAGUCUACAUCUAUAACAGUCUAUAACAGUCUACAUCUAUGACAGUCUAUAACAGUCUACAUCUGACAGUCUAUCACAGUCUAAGUCUAUAACAGUCUGAGUCUGUAACAGUCUAUAACAGCCUAUUACAGUCUGAGUCUGUAACAGUCUGUAACAGACUACAACAGUCUACUUCUAUAACAGUCUAAGUCUAAAACAGUCUAUAACAGUCUAAGUCUAUAACAGUCUAUAACUUUUUCUCAGAUGUCAUAAAUGUUGUUCUUGAAUUUUGCUGAAGUUGAGAUUUGAAGGAUGACUCCUGAUUAUUAAAGUAAAAUAAAAACAGACUGAACCUCUUUGAGCUCCAAGACUAACCCUGCUGUCCUCAGAGGACUGAUCAUUAACAUGAACUAAAGGAGAACCAUGUGAUUAAUACUACUAUUGUCCCAGUGUUCCCAGUGUUCCCAGUGUUCCCAGUUCUCCCAGUGUUCCCAGUUCUCCCAGUGUUCCCAGUUCUCCCAGUGUUCCCAGUUCUCCCAGUGUUCCCAGUGCUCCCAGGUCCACAGAGGGAUGGAGGUUCACACUUUCUUUCUUCUGUUUCACAGUCAGAGAAAUUUCCUCUCCACGUUUUUCCCAUAAAUCUUUGUGUUUAUGCGUCUGUGGCGUUUGGGAAUGUGAGGGAUUCAGAUCAUAUUUCAUCAUAUCCUCAGUGUGUGUGUGUGUGUGUGUGUGUGUGUGUGUGUGUGUGUGUGUGACCUGUCUAACCUCAGACACACAGCGUUCCCUCCUCGUUAGAUCAGCUCGGUUACUGUCUUCUGUUUUCCUCUGACCUGAGAGCAGCCUUAGCUCAUGCUGCGCUCUGAUUGGCUGCCUCCCUCACAGCUGUUGGCGGCGUUUUGUCUGUUUUUCACAUUGUGCACACUCAGCCUCCGACAUGUGGUGUGUUUAUUAAUCACACCCACUGGCCUGCAGUCACAUUUUCACUCAUUGGAGGGAGGGAGCGUGUUCAGAGUCUGCUGGAGAAACUCGCCGCCGUCUUUAACACGAGUCGUCUCUCCUCUGAGCGUGGCGUUUUUUACAGUGUACGGGCUGUUACAGUCAGAGCAGUAAAAGAGCUGCUGCUGAGAAACAGUCAGUAAACAGUCAGUAAACAGUCAGUAAACAGUCAGUAAACAGUCUGAUCAUCAUGGACUGUAUUAAAGGACCAGUCUGCGGUUUUAUGUUGAUUUUUUUCCUCCAGUCGGAACAGUUAAUCUAUCUCUCUCUCUUUAUCUUUCUCUCUCUCCCUCUCUCACCUCCCCCCAGAUUCUCUCCAUCACUUCCUGUCAGAGUUCAGCGUCGUCCGUCCAAUCAGGACAAACCCAGAGGGGCGUUUCCUUUCAGCGUCAGUCUCCGCCCACCAUUUUAAACGCAGCAGGAGACACGCCUUCUCCGCAGAGGACACUCCCACAGAAGAGUUCUUGUCCAAUCAGACAGGAAACGGCUGGAGGGGGCGUGGUUUACUAACUGAGGAGGCGGAGCUUUUCUAUAACGUGACAGUAUUCGGUCAGGAGCUCCACCUGCGCCUUCGCCUCAACUCUCGCCUUGUCGCUCCUGCCGCCUCCAUGGAGUGGUGGGAGGAGUCAGGACAGAAACUCUUCGAGCCAAUCAGAGACACCGGCUGCUUCUACACAGGAGAGGUGUCCAACAUGGAGGAAACAUCUGUCGCUAUUAGCAACUGUGAUGGUCUGGUAGGUUUCUGAGGGUCAUGUGACUCUCUGUGAUGAUUAUGAUUAUUUCAACAUUUCUGAAUUGAAAUGGCGCCGAUUUAAACCGCCGUCAGUCCGCCGCCAUGAUGAAGACUCAGGCAUUUUCACUCACACCUCCCCUUUAAUUAAUCAAAAAAAAAAAACACUUUAUAUGAAACAGAAACCUCCCCUUUAAUACAUUGAAAGUGUCACCUCCCCUUUAAUUGAUCAAAAGUUUUACCCUCCUAUUCAUAUAAUUAAAUUUGCAACUUUCCCUUUAAUAAUUGAAGUCUGUUAUUUUCUGUUUGACCCAUGGAAAAAUGUCACCUGAUUAAUUAAAAUUAAAACUGGCACCUCCACUCCCCUUUAAUUGAGCAAAACCAUCCCUUUAUAUGAAACAGAAACCUCCCCUUUAAUAAAUUGAAAGUGUCACCUCCAAUUUAUGUAAAAAAAAAAAUCAUCACCUACUUUUAAUAAAAUAAUUGUCACUCCCCGUUAAAUUUUUUUUAUCAAAUAAAAAUAAAACCGUCUCCUGCUUUAUUGGAGAAAAUGGUCACUUUCCCUUUAAUUAAUUAAAACGGUUCCUUCUCCUUUAAUUGACUGAAAUUGUCACCUCCCCUUUAAAUGCUAAAGAAAAAAUUCCCCUCCUGUUUGAUUAUUGAAAACUUUCACUUUCACUUUUAUUAAUUAAAUUUAAUUAAAAUAAAUUAAAUCAACGAAUAAAAAUGUUUUCUUUUGUUUCUUUUGUUCGGAGAUAAAACUAAAAAUGAAUAUAAACGCCUGUUAUAAUUCAGGUUCAGAUAAUUAAAAUUAAAAUGUUUUUUAAAUUUUUUUCCCCCAGAGCAGGAGGGGACCUGAGGGCUGAAACAAGUCUGUUCAUGAGGGUCUGAGAUGAUCUCAGACCUGCUCAGACAGAAACCAAACACUGUAAAACAAACACAGAUUUAACCCUACACUGUAAAAACACACAGAGUCUCCGCCCACCUUCACUUCUUACAGCGGCGGCUGAUGGGAACCAGCUGUGCGAGCGCGGCGAGGCGUUCAAAGACACGCAGGAGAGAGGGACGUUACCCUGCUGUCAAUAAUCAAAUGAUUUAAAGACACAGAACAGAACACAGGUGGACCCAAUCAACACCUGAGCACAACCAGCCAAUCAGAGUGCUCAGAUUAUGACGGGUCUUUACUGCAUACAGGGAUUAAAUAUGCUGAAUCAGAUUAAAACAACGUCCACAGAAGAGCAAAUAAAUGAUUGUUUUAUAAAAAUUAAAGAAGAACCGAAACAUGAAUGACCAGCAGAUCGAUUUGGGAUUAAACUGCAGAUUAUUGAGCAUUAAACUACAGAUUAGAUUAGAUACUGAGACUAAAUCAGAAAAACAACAGAUUAAAAUACAGAAGAAUAAAGUAGAAUCAUAAUAAUCUUAAAAUCCCACUUUCAACAGAGUGGAUUAAAUCUGAAAAAUAACAGCUGAUAAAGAACUCAUUUUUACAGAUUAAAGGAGGCUAAACACCAAAUUAUACAGCAGAUUAUCAGAUAUACUGCAGAUUAUAAAGAUGGUUAUACAGUAAAUUAUUGGAUUUUAUAAAGCAGAUUUUACAGCAGAUUAUCUGUGUAUUAUACAUCGGAUUAUAACUUCAGAUUAAGCAGCUCUGUGUGUCUGCAGGCGGGGAUGAUCCUGGUCGGUCAGGAGGAGUUUUUCAUCGAGCCGUUGGACGAGAAGGGGACAGGAGGAGGAGGAGGAGGAGGAGGAGGAGAGGAAGAGGAGGGAGGAAGGAAACAUGUCGUUUAUCGCUCCUCAGCCAUCAUCAAGAAACAGACAGCUGUCAAUCAAACUGCUGAUGACUUCCUACGAGGUAAGAAAACAAUGACAUCAUGAAGUCGCCAUGACAAGGGGCGGAGCUAGGCAGGGGAUACCUGGCAUUGUCAGGUUGUUGCUAUGGAGACCAGAUAAGACGAGGACACUCUGAGAAGCCGACUGUUGUUGUUCAGAGCUGACGUUAGUGUCUCAUGUUUGGCCUCAGUGCAGCAGUGGCUCCCCCUGGUGGUACACAGUUCACGGUCGGAGGGUUGAACAGGUGUGAUCUGCUCUUUACCCAGCAUGCCUCAGUAAAAGUGACGCUUCGUUGAUGGACAGCAGUGAUUAAAGCAGCAGUCAGCGUUAUCUUAAAUCAGAGAGCGCUGUCGGUCUUAAAGGUCAGGUGUUCGUGAAGCAGCAGGCAGGUGGAAGAGAAGACGUCUUUACCUGACGGACAAGUUCAAACUGGAUCUUCUUCAGGACUCUGAGGAACACUGGAUCCUUUAAUCGACCAAAUACCUGAACGAUAAUAACAACACUUUAUAAAGAGGAGAUCAGAGAGGGAGAAGUCCUGAACCUUCAGAGUUCAGCUCAGGUGUUGUUACAAACUGAAGCUCUGAGUAUAAGAGUCUGUCGUCUGCAUAAAGGUGAACUGUUUGAUAAUCUCAGACAUAAUCUGAUACAGACCAUGAUGCUUUGCUGCAGAUUAAACUACUCAGCAUUUUUAAGAUCAAUCUGUUAAAGAAGCAUCUUUUUAUUUUGUGGUUUUUAUACUAAAAAUCUUCUAAUAUCAGUCAAUAGUUAUUAGUUAUUGAUGACAUUUGGUAAUAUAUCGAUAUCUCUGUGUUCUCUUAUGUCUGUGUCGUCAACAUUUGAACAUGUUUGAGCGGUCCGCUCUUUCUGACUGUAAACAAAGACGUUCUCCGCCUCCUCUAACCUGAAGGGAAACAGGAAACAACAACAACACGACUGAACAGUUUCGUCUCGUUUCAGUCAAAUAAAGAAACAUUUCAGCAGAGAUUUUAUUCAGUGAAACACAUUUAGUCUCAUUUUUAUUCCUCUACAGUAUUGUGUUAUUUAUUUUAGUUAUCGUCACAUGAUUAAGGUUCUUUGACGACGUUAUAUGUCAUAAUCUUCACUGACCAAAGCAACACUAUUCAGGAUGUGAUUUUAUCUGAUGAAGUUUUUGUUUGGUUGUUGGAGAUGACCUUUAAAUUAGGCCCCGCCCCUCAAAGACCCGAGUACGCCACCAUGAGGUCAUUA